GCUCACAUUUGGAAACUGGGACAAACGUGUUCUAAUGCUGGCUUGCAUGUUCGCAUCAAAAAUUGAUGAUUUUAAAGAUUCCUGGCUUAAAAUGUCAUCAAAGCUUGCACUUGCAGGACCUAUGAAAAGCUAUGGCAAAAAAGACAAACAGUAUGAAUCGCAGUAUUAGAUGAGUCAAGCUGACGAUGUUAACCUCAAGACAGAAUGCCACAGAAUCCACAAAGAGCCACAGAGUCUAGACCUAGAUGCAUUUUGAUGCUAGUUAAUUUCAUCAUUUCAUGAUGAGCUUACUGCACUUCAGAAAGGGUGACCAUUCAACACUGGCACUCUGAACAACAUUUUUAGUGGUGAAACCUUUUACUUGGUUUCGAAUUUUAAAAUCUCCACAAAAUCAAAUUCUAUUGAGCAUGAUCGAAGCAAAAUUUUGAACUGUUUCAGACGAACUGGACUUCCGCGCUUUGGCACGCACAACAGCGGUGCCAUUGCAAAGUUCUUCUGUGGACAUCAUGACCUCCAAAAGGAUUUCAACAGCAUUGUCUCACAAAUCAGCACCAUGGCCGAUGUUCUUUCCGAUUAUGAGCAGGCCAAUGGAAAAGUCAGGGAGUAUGAGCGGAUCUUGUGGAAUAUCACCCACCAAGGAGUCAAGCUUGGGGAAAUCAUGGGUGAAGAAAUAACUGGCCGAAAAAGUGUCCGACAGCUCCUUGGCAACCUCGGGAUGUUGGCACAGCAGAGAGCCUUCUGCUGUGGGGGCUGGAUAGAGUUGAGUUCAGCUGAUGCUCACUGCAGACUGAAGAUGAAAGAGGAUGCCACCAACCAACUUGGAUGGAAGAUCACCGAGCUCCCUGUUGAUGGCCUCCUGGAGUUCUGUGUGCCAUCUCCCUAUGGAGAUCUCAGGAAGCAGGAGACGGUGUACAAUCCAAGUGUCCGCCUGGCUUCUGAGUGUGAAGCUAGUAAGUUCUACUUUGCUAGGAAGCUGCAUCAUCAGAAGCCUAAGCCUGGUGACAAAAGGAAGAAAGUUCCGUCUCCUCCCGGUCUUGUUGACUAUGGCCCCAAGUUUCUGGACGUCGUCAGGAAGAAGGUGAGUGAUACCAUGGCAAAUGGGGCCAGUGUUAUCCUUGAGUGCUAUAAGCUGAACGUGUAUAUAGCAAGGGUGGCUUCUUCAAUGCACAAGUUGAUACCCCAGUCGAUGCGGCUCGGAUGAUUGGAACUGUAGUUAUUUGCCUACCUUGCAAGCACACUGAAAGAACAUUGACUGUUGAACAUAAAGGGGUGAAGGAAAAGUUUCUGUUUGCCAACCUGUCCAAUGAUCAGUCAAAGAUUCAGUGGGCAGCCUUCUACUCCGACUGUGUCCAUGAAAUUGUGCCAGUCGAAGAGGGCAGUCGCAUUACGAUCACCUACAAUGUGCUCAAGCAAGAGGAAGAUUCUUACAUCUGUGAAUACGGACUUUGCCAAAGGCAGAGUUUCUCUACAGGCCCCAUGGUUGCAGCUGACAACAAGUCAACUCUGGACAACAUUGUCUCUGAUGUGAGUAACAUCAGCGCUAAGGUUAAGCGAGCCUCCUACGAGCAUUUGGGCAUAUUCCUUCAGCACAGAUACACCAUGGCAGCUCUUGCAGCCGGUAACCUCAAGGGUUGCGAUCAGGUCCUUUAUGAGGGUCUCCAAGCCAGGGGAUUGCCCUGCCACCCCCUGACAGUUCUUGUCCACCAAAUCGAGAACCCUGAUGAGGAGGACUGCUUUGAGGAAACACGAGAUGUGUUCUUGCUCAGCCAAGAGGUCAUGGACUACGUGAAAAAGAAUGGUCCACGGCCCAGUCUCCCCUUCCCCGGCCAAGCACUGUUCAUCAGAGAGUGGACAGAGGAAACCUUCCUCAUCAGUGAGGAAACCACUGAAGCCGAGUACUGUGGCAACUGCACAGAGGGAGGUGAGACGGAAAGUCUGUAUCUGCAGUCUGCACUGGUCAUUGGCACUCCUGAACAGGGAAAGGCCAAAGGUGGUCCCUCAAAGAAAAAUUAAGGUCUUUAAACGAAGGUUCUUCAUAGUCAGAUUUCAUCAAGAAAUGGUGAUUGUUUGUCCUGCUGUAUUGUGUCAAUUUUUUUGGUUAUUUUCCUAUAUCGGUACAAUAAUAAACGUGAUUCACUUUGUGACAGGGCAUCUGUUUUUUUAAUAACUGUAGAAAACACAUAUCUUAGCAUCUAAAAUUUAUACAGUUCUCAGCAACCUGUGCAUGUAUUUUAUUUAAAGAAGUGGUCAAAGUUUUAAGACAGCUUGAUGUGACGUUCAAACAGGAAAGUGCAUGCAUAUAAGAAUUUACAAUUAAAACUUGCUUGCCCUAUGGAACUGGUAUUUAAAUGACUUGGUUGCCUCAUUAAAGAAAGGUUUAUGUGAGGAGCAUGUUCCAGUUUUAUACAGAUAUAUGUAUGAUGCAUGUUUUAUGUAUGUAGGCUAGUGACAAAAGUCAGGGAUCCUUUCAAUAUCUUGAUUACACAUUAUUUAUAAUUUUGGUUAAACUUCAAUUGCUAUUUUUGCUUGUAAGAACCAAUCUCAGUUUUGUCCCAUUAAUUACUUGUUCUAGGAUAUUAAUGAGGUUUAUUCUGUCAAUGCUUUCAACAAGAUUCAGGACACAAUUCAAAUGUCAAAAUGUUGAGAACUGUGCUAAUCACACAAAAAUUCAAAAAGAUCCUCAAUUAAUCAAUUCAUAACGCAAGAGAAAAAAUUGUCUCUAUAAGCACAUACAUGUAAUUCACCAAGGUGAUACGCUUAAACCAACUACUUCAUCUUUUCUGAAGGAUCUAAGUGAUAGAACAAAUGAUCAAAAUACUCUCUUAAUUAAAGUGGUUUUAUCAUUUAAAAAAAGGACCUCGGGCCACUAUUGCAGAACGAAUGUAGAGUUUGUUUCCCAAAGCCAAAAAUUCCUGUGUUUGUAACUUCAAGAACCGUAUGUUAGAAAUAAAGUUCCCAGUUUCUUAUGCAUUCCUUUUUCCCUUAGAUAGCUUGCCAGUCACAAUUUUCCAGUUGCAAAGAAGUAUUCAUGUUGAGUAGUUUCAGUACUUUAGAUUUUAGUGCAUUGCUUUUAUGUGUAUGAGCAUCUAUAUGAAAGCCGAAGUGUCAUAGAAUUACCUGUUAACUUAAACAAUUGUAUUGCUCCAAAACUAAGAUAAAGCUUGACUUCUUAAACAUAUAACAGUUUUACUUCAUCAAAUGUGCCAUGGUAUUAUAAACUUGAGAACUUUUGGUCAAAAUAAGUGCAUUACUACUACCAUCAUCUGUAAGAAUUUGGUACACAACUAAUUUUGAGAGGUGAAAGAUUUUACUGACUUAGUACCUACAUGUAUAUCAAGAGUUAUUCUUUUAAUGCUUCCUGCGAUCCAAGUUUUGCUUAUUAGCACCUGUUUCAGUUUAAAUCCCACAGAUUAUUACAUGCCACAUAAUUGGUUUAUGUAGUCAGAGUUCCUUGCUUAUUAAGCAUUUGAGUCUUACCUGGUACUUGUGCCGUAUGUUGAAUUAAAAAAUAUUUUCAGAAAGUACACAUAGUUUGUAUGUAAACUCGUUAUUAAGCAUGUUAACCUUUCUCACCUUUUCAGACUUUUAUUUUCUGUAGUUUAGAAACAAAGUUCAACUCAUAAUCCUGUGUAUGCCAUAGUAAAUUUUGGUAAUCGUUGGUGUGAAGAGAAAUGCAUGUGUGUAAUACACAUAUAGCUUUGGGGAUUUGAGUCGAAGUAACUCAAAUUCUAAAUAAAGUCAUAAAUAGUGUUAGCAAAGGUGAAAAAGAAAAUGUUUUGAUUUCACGUGAGUUAAUACCGACAUGUAAUCAGUAUUCAUGCAUGAGUGAAGGGUUUAAUGCAUGGUCAAUCUUGAGCUAAAUAUCAUGAAGAAAAACCAGUCAAGCACGUUUUUCAGGGAUAGAAUAUACUAAAUGACAGUAACAUCUCUAAGUUAAGGACCACUUUUUUCUUAACGUAAUGUUUUUUCCAAGCGAUGAGUGGGGUCCAGUUCCAUUAGUUAUUGUUUGUCUACAUGGUAAAGUUGAUUACUGUGCGUUUGUAUUGGGGCAUUUUCAGCAGAAAAAUAUCUCGUAUAAAAGAAAGUAUACACAAAAUAAAAAAUGGUCCUUAACUUUUUUUGAGUAGUGUACAUUGCCAGAGCAGAUUACACUGCUGGCCAUUUAACUGGCAGGUGGAAAUUUUGAAAAGGAAGGCACAGAAAAUGUAUAACAUUUUUUCAGAUCAACUGAUGUCCACUUUUUUCUCAAUACCUCUUUGGUACAACAAAUCAAAUAAAAAAAUUCUCCACAGACAGGUGUUUGAAAAAUGUUUUAAAAUGUAAUUUGUGACUUUCUUACUUCAGCAAGCAGUCAACAUAGACACAUAUGCAUAUACAUGUAUACAUUAUAAGAGUUCUGGAUAAAAGCUUUUACUUUAAAUGAAAAGUUAAUGCCUCAAUCGUCUCAGUGCUUGCGGUUUCAUAUAAGUAAUAUGUCUUGAUUCCUGUUAGAAUUUGAACUUGAAACUACACAGGAGGUAAAAAGAAAAGGAAAUGCAGUGCAUCCGAUAAAACAUUUUCUUUUAUCUAAAUAAAAAUUGAAGCCUCAAUCGUCUCAUUUCUUGUUUUCAUAUUAAUAUCAAUAAAAUGACUUGAUUCCCAUGAGAAUUUGAACUCGAAGGGAAAGAAAAUGAAAUACCCCAAAAUUGCAACGCAACGAUUGAAUUUUGAACAGAGGUCAUUGCCAUAUACACAGUUGUAAGAUUUUUUUAAAUCAAGGUAAACCUGUCAAUUACUGACCGCAAAGGAGCUGACAGUGUUAUUUUUGGCUUCUG